AUGAACACCCCUAGUGAUGAGUAUAUAAAGCUCAGCUCUGAAGAGUUGAAAUAAACGAAGAAAACCAUGGAGACUCCUUCAUAUGAUAUCAAAAACAAAGGAGAUGAUAUGCAAGAAGAACUAAAGGUGAAACUUCACCAUGAGAAGGGAGGAGAUGAAAAAGAAAAAAUAAUUGAAAAGGAGACUCCAUCCCAAGAUAUCAAGAACAAAGAUACCAUCACUUCAUAUGUUUUAAGAGAUGAUGCACCAGAAAUACCAAAGGUGGAACAUGAGGAGGGAGGAGAUGGAAAAGAGAAAAUAGUUGAAAAAGAGACUAUAUCCAAAUGUAUCAUCAAGAUUGAAGGAGAUGAUGCACAAGAAAAACUAAAGGUGGAAUAUGAGGAGGAAGAAUAUGAAAAAGAGAAAAUAGUUGAAAAAGGGAGUCCAUCCCAAGAUAUCAACAACAAAGGAGAUGAUCCACAAGAAAAACCAAUGGUGGAACAUGAGGAAGGAGAUGAAAAAGAGACUCCAUCCCAAGAUAUCAUCAAGAUAGAAGGGGAGGGUGCACAAGAAAUAACAAAGGUGGUAUGUGAGGAAAGAGAGAAAAUUGUAGUACAAGUAGAUCUUGCUGUUCAUUCAACACCUCCAUCAAAGCGUGAUCCUCCCAAAAUGCAAACAGACAAUAAUAAACUCUAGAAUAUCCAAAAAAAAAA